GCUCAGCUACUCCCGAGUCGAAGCGCCCCGGAAUUGCCUGUGGAGACGUUCAAGUUUCGCUUCACCCGGACUCCAGUUUUCUGGGUCCCUUGUUGCAGCUGGUCAACGACGCUUCGUGCGUCGAGCUCCUGCUCACCGCGUUCACAUACGACGAUCCAGAGCUCACUGCAGCUGCUACCGCGGCCAGGCUGCAAGGGGCCGAAGUUCGACUGCUUAUCGACUUACAGAAGGCCCAGGCUUGCAAGGAAUCGGGUAGGAUUCUGCAGCAGCUCUUGGAUGCACAGAUCGAGGUCCGCACGACGUGCGGGUGCGCGGAAGAUGGAGUUGCCUUGUUUGUGGGUUCCCACAAUCUCACAAAAGCAUCCCCUGCUAAUCGCGAGUUUGUCACUGAGCUGCGGAUGCCCGUGGCCGACACUCGCGUUGCAACGUACCGUUCUUGGUACGAGGGCAUGUGGAGCUCCUCCGAGGGGAUACAGGUGGAGACUGGCGCUGCGCCAAGUCGCCGCGUGCGAGGCAAGAACGCCCCGCAAAGCGACGCCGCCAAGUUCGCCGUUGCAGUUCAAGUGACGCGCCCUGCUGUGGCGCUGAUCUUCAGCAGUGGUACUGCGGCAUUUUAUGCGCUGCUGUAUCGACGUGGGAAGCAGCCAGAAGGCCUUCCCCGUGAUUUCUUCAUCGGCAAGGAUGUUGCGCAUGCCAGCGACGAGCUAGACUUCUAUGCCCGGCUUCGAGAGGCCGUGAAAGAAGGCGGGAGCUGGGCGGCUUUCGGCCGCAUGGCCAUGGCUUGCCCUGGCAUCGUGCGCUUGGAGUGUUUGGGUGGCAAAUCGCAUCUGCGGACCAAGCGGUUACUGUUGCUCCUAGAGAACUUACGGCAUGGUUUUGAGCGUAUGCGGCUCCUGGAUGUGAAGCUCGGGGCCGAGACAUCCGUGGCAGGCUGGAAGGGAAAAAGCCGAUUGAAUGCAUGGAAGAAUGCAUGCGUGGACCAGCGAACGAACUCCGCUGUGGAGGGCUUCCGCCUCGAGGGCAUGGAGCUACCUCCACAGUCUCUCGAGAAGAGGAUUUUGGAGGUACUCCAGGCCAAGAGCACGGCCACCGCCAAGUACAUUUCACCGAAGGUCAUACGGCGUUUCACCUUGCAAAGGCUCCGCGCAGCUGACUUCCUGGAGUCAUGGCUGGACGUGUCAGAUCUAGGAGCUGGCGCAGAGCUACAUGCCCAGAAGGCGGCUUUGGCCACUUUCAAGCAGACGCAGCUCUUGCUCACCGCUGUGCUUGGUUUGGAGGUUCCACAGCAAUGGAUCGGCUCCUCUGUCGCUUUGGCCAUGGAGGUUGGCAGCAGCCGUUGCUUGGGACCGCCACCGCGGGUGGCGGUGAAGGUUUUCGAUUGGGGCCGGGCGGAGCUCAACACCUUGGAGAACUUCAAUUCUUUGGCUUCUGAGGAGAAGGAGAGCCGUAGACGUUACUGGAAGCAGUACUUGCAGGCUCUGGCGCGUAUGCACUGGGAGUUGGGCCGUCUGGUGGCUCACCGAUUCUGUUGCCCCGCAUGGUCUGUCUUCGUGAUGGAGCUGCGGGCUGUCACACCUGUUGUGCUACGUGCGGCCUUGCUGGGCGAAACCCUUUCAGCCUCUCAGGAGGUUCUUGGCAUGGGACUUUUCCAGAUGUCUCCAGAGGGCGGUCACGGAGAGAUCUCGUUGCCGCUGCUGGGCGCUGUUCGGCAGGAGACUCUGCUGGGUUCUCUCCGACUCCGUAUCGGCAUUCCAGUUCAUGGGAUCGGUGCUUGCUCCGUCAAGGUUUGCGAGACCUUUGACGUGGAGGUCGGCGAGCUGUUUGGCUGCAUCGUAACGGUGAAGGUCAUUGCUUUCGAGCGGCCCGGUGAUGCGCGGAUGCACUUGGAGGCAUUCCAGUCUGGGUGCCCGGCUCCUCUACCACGAGGGCACGUCUGUUCCCGCAGCACUUCUCCGGCCACUGCGACACAGGGCAAGCUUGUCUGGCAGGACCAUUUGGAAUUUUAUGGUCUUGGAGAGGCUGCACAGGCGGCCGAGGCGGAGGUGCGAGACUGCUUGGAAUCGCUGGGUGUGCCUGAGCCGCAGGAAAGGAAGAUUGUAAGGUGGAUUGUACGGGUGACUGGCUGGCUUCAAUGCCACCUUCGAUAUCGGAACCGGAUCAGGACAUUCAUCAUUCGCCCGGUCUGGAAGCCGUACACAACACUCACUGAGGUGUCAACAGAUGGCACUGCUUCAGCGGAUGUGGACGAAAAGGCGGCUGCCUUUCUGACUUGCAUACUUCCGAGCUUGGACACCGACCCUCGUCACAAUAAGGGGAGCGAAGUCGACCUCGCAAUGAGCAGACAAGCGGCUGAGCCACGGAAGGUCUCUUGUGGCAAUGCGUGCAGGCACACGGUCGUGCUGGUACGCGCCGCGGAGGAGGAGGGAACCAAGCUCGUGGGUUGGGGCAACAAUCGCUACAAUGCCCUCGGAAUGAGGAAAGCGCUGGGCGACAGGUUUUCUGCAUCCAAGGCUGACCAGAUCAAUGGCAUCCACUGGCCGUGCACGAUGCGAGUGUUCGAGGAGGCUGAAAGUUCUCAAAAGAAGAAGCCGCACUCGUCUCGUCACUUUAUCGAAGUCGCUUGUGGGAAUAACCAUUCUGCCGUGCUGGAAAACCUGGAGCCGUCUCAAGGGUCGACUUUAGCCAAGACCCGCCUUAUGACCUGCGGGAACAACUCCAACGGACAGUUGGGCCAGCCUGCCCGCAUCAAAGGUCUCAGCUGUUCAGUCAGGGAACCACAGAGCCCGAGCCUCGUGCGUGUUGGUGCACCCGCAGCCAUUUGCGGGAUGAGCCAAGAAGCGGAUUACGAGGAAUUUCUGGCCUUGCGCCGGCACGUACGCAAGCUACAGGCCGGCACCCCGUUGCUACUCCGCACUCAGGGGGCGCAGGGCCAAGAUCUGGAUCUUCAGAUCUGCUCCUUCCAAAUCUCCCAGGACCUGCAGCUCCUCUCUUGGCGGGACUGCGAAGGGAGCGGUCCCUCCCGGCAGAUUCCGCUCAGCAAAAUCGUCGCCGUGGAAGACGCCAGCCUUUCGUCCUUGCCUGGGGCCUCCAAUGGCGAGGGGCAUCAUGCGCUGCAGGUCAAGCUGCGGCAGGAGAAAGGCUCGGCCCUGCCGGCACAGAUCGAGUUGAUCUGCACCUCCAAGGAGGAUCUCGAGGCAUGGCUUCAUGGGCUACGCUUCCUCGUGGCCGACCAAGGUGGCGAGGUGGCUAAAGCGCCGCAGGGGAAGUCCAGCGAACAAGGCCUUCAGGAGAAGCUAAGGCUGCAGGAACAGCUCUGCGAGCAGCUGCGGCAAGAGAACAGCAUGCUCCGAGACAUCGUCAAGAGAAAGGACGAAACGAUCUCGGAGCUUCUGCGCGACAGCCAAAGCAAGUCUAUCAAGACCGAGUCGACUUCGCGGGAGAGCGACGAGCACUUGCAGUAUCGCGAGGUCGCCAUUCUUAGGCGGAAGAACAAGCGCCUACAGCUUGACCUGAAGUCCAAGCAGCAGACCAUCGCAGGUCUUCUGAAGCUGGUCGAGAGGUUGUCGCAGCAGGCAGAUGCCGAAACCAGUGCGCCCGAGGAGGACACGCAGGACGAGCCAGAAAUCAACCCGAAAGUUGUGGAUCCCAAGAGUCCCAAGAUACACGUGACCCAGGUAGCUGUGGACCCUGAGGAGCCUCGAACGGCCGAUGCGCCGGUAGUGCAGGCCCCAUGUCCCAGCCCGCUGGAUCCAGCGCCAACUCCCACUCAGUUGCAGGAGGGCCCCUUUGCGGGAGAGCUGGUCGCGCUAGUCGAGAAACUGCAGGCCUUGCAGGAAGCCACACUGACGGCCACGCAGGGAGUGGCCUCCCUUGGCAGCUUCCAGCCCCCGAGCCGGUCAGCUGCGGCCGGGGCCGGGGCCCAGGCGGCCCAGGCGGCCCAGGCUCCCGCCCCAGCGGCGGCCGGUCGGGGGCCGAAGAGUGCGGCCGCGCUCGAGGCUCUCCAGCGUGAGCUGGCGCUGCUGGAGGAGAAGAAGAGGGUUGUGCAGCACCUCGCCCACACCCUGGAGCCGGACGGCUCGGACUCGGAGGAGGGCGACGGCUUUCCGCUGCGCUGA